AUGUCACCGACACGUGCACCAGAGCCAACCCGUACUUGUUUCGAUCCUUUCAACUCUUCCUCAACUGGCCAUCAACGCGCAGAAAGCCGCCUGUCUGGAUCCACCUCAUGGCGGGAGUCUCGUGCCCGCAAGCUCGCACAUCAGUUCUCUGACAGUAGCGGUGGAGGAGGCGUGGAGCAUCUCUCUGAUCUGGUUGAAGCAGGAAAGGAAGAUUUGGGCAAGGAUGGAAGAAAGGAAAAUGGAUCUUGGGAAGUAGGGGCACUAGCCUUGAGGGAGAAAGGAUGGCAAGAGAUUCGAGGAUUGAUGGAAGGGAACAAGAAGAGGAAAACCGAGGAACAGUUCAAGGACUUCAAUGGAUAUUGCAAGAGACAAAAGGCUAGUCCUAUGCACAAAACCGAUGACCCUAUCACCCGUACGAGAUCCCUCCCUGUCCCUUCACAGGCAUCCAUAGAGCCGCCGUCACAGAUCCCAGGCCCGAGGGUUUAUACGCUACCCAAAUCGACUCCGGAAGCGACCCCUACAGAACCACAAAUCUUCCGGUCGCUGACCCUUUAUCUCAAUGGCUCUACAUAUGCCUCUGGUAUCUCCGAUCACAAAUUGAAAUCUCUCUUCGUCCAGCACGGCGGCUCUCUCUCCAUCGCUCUUGGUCGUCGAACUGUCACUCAUGUCGUUCUAGGCUCUAUUGUUGGUGGUCUAGCAGCUGGCAAAAUUCAAAAGGAAGUGGCCAAGGUGGGUGGCAAGGGCGUGAAAUAUGUGACAGCCCAAUGGGUGGUUGACAGCGUGCAAUGUGGAAAAAGGCUACCAGAAAGUGGGUAUCGGGCUGUUCAUAUCGCAAUGAAGGGGCAAGGAAGUGUGUUGGAUAAGAUGGGCUUUACGACAGAAAAGGUGGAUGAGGACAAGAAGGGGAGUUGA